CGGUCUGUAAAACGCCUAUUGGCCAUUUGGAAGGCAGAUUUCUCUGAAUAGGCAUACGUACAGCAGAAACAUGUUCCAUUUCAAGAUCGUUUUUAGACGACAAAGCUUUAAGACUCGAAUUGGGUUUGACAGCAUGUUCUUCUAUAUCCUCGUGUUUUUCAGACUCUGCAGUUGCGCAUCCAUAGAUUUACACGAAGGCGAUACACCUAGAUCAGUUGGCACAUACAGCUCUGGAAGUGACAGACGGACUACACUUGGAGUUGAAAUGUACCGUUCGGAAGGUUAUGAGACCGAAACUGAUUAUCGGGCUGUCCCAACUGCUCACACUGUAGAAAUGAGGACCACAGACAGGACAAAUUACCUAAGUAAUCCCUGUCUGGAUACUGAUAAGAAUUUAUGCAUUUACGGAACCUGUCAGUACCACUGGGAACUGAAUGAGACAUACUGCAAAUGUCAGCCAGGUUUCAGUGGAAUGAGAUGUCACCACAUCAUUAUGGAAAUGACCAAGCAAACACAUGGUUAUGACCUGACAACAGUCCUACCUAUAAUCGCAGUGGCCCUCUCCAUUCUAUGCCUGGCUGUCUUCAGCCUUUUGCUGGUGAUCAGACAUCAAAAGAAACACAAACAUGAUGCAGAGUGUGAGGAAAAAAUUCCUCUUGAAGUGACCCCAGUCCACCACCUCUGAAACAAUAUGGAGAAGGAGAAAGUCUACCUCGAAUAAAGGAUGGAGUCUGGUCUAAACAGGUGCUGUCUGGCGCUCUUCUUGAGUCAUGUCAUGAAUAGGAGAGAGAUCUUCUGGUAGAAUGAUAAGCCAGGAAUACGGGGUCUCUCAUGGGGGGAAACUUCCUGCAGAUGUGGAGCUAAAAAGAAGAAUCCAUCUUCCAAACUGAAACACUGAUGGUGGGGAGGAACAUUUGUACCCCACCCAGCACCCUUGCUGCGUACCAUGUGGAUAUACAAAAACAAUGCAUUUGUGCAUGCAACAAUGCAUUGCAACAAUGCAAAAAAAGUUAUUUAAAGGCCAAAGUUGUAGAGGGAUGGAUUGAAUAGUUGUUUUGAUGUGUAGCUGAGUUGAGAUCAUUGCUGCUUAUAAGCUUAAGUUUGUCCCUCAAUGGUCUUUUUAAUAGUAUGUUGCAUUUUGCUAUUUGGUCUUUUCCAUUAAUUUAUUUGUGUAUUUAAGUAUUUAUUUAUUAUUUAUUUUAAGAUGUACACCUUGGAUUUAGUAAUAUUUAUGCAAGUAAAGUUUAAUGAGGCAAUCAGAUUUAAUUUUUUGAUAUUCUGCUUAUGUUAAUGAUCUGCUAUGUGACGUCAUUUUAAAUUGUUGUUUGUUGUUUUGUAACCUUCACUGUGGUAUUUAAGACAGAAAUAUGAUUUCACUUUGAAUGUAGCAAUGCUUGAAAUGGUGACAUGUUAAGAAAAUUGCUGCAUACAUUCUGAUCCCACAAUAUGACAUCACUUGAGAGCUGGUUCUGCACUGUCCACUUUGCCCAUAUAUGACCAUGCUCAAGAAGCCUUCUGACCCUUUGGGGCAUAGAAAAUGCAGUGUAAUAUUGAUUCCAUGAAUUUAAAUAAAUACUGUUGAUGCAUAAUUA